AUGAAGGUAUCUCUUCCACUGGACAGGACUCGAAAGUCUACAUGCUCAGUUGCUUUGAAGAAGAAAUCAUAUGUCGAUGUCGAUGUCGACGAUGAUGAUCUGAGAGGUAUUAAGGUAGAAAAGGACAGUGAUGCGAACCUGGAUGAUUCCAGUGUUGUUGAAAUCGAAAGCGAUGCAGCUCUUCCGGUAACAGACUCUGGAAUACUUGGUACGCCUAAGAAAGGACGUAGGGACAUUUUCACUCCGCAGCUGACCCCUAAGAUGUCCUCACCCGUGAAGUCUAAAUCGUCUAUCGCACAUACCUCAGAAAGGCGUGCUCAAUGCUCCGAUGCUAGUGAUAUAGCACCGUCAUAUUGCAUCUCCUACAAAGAAGUCACGAGCGACGAAGUGGAUAUCGAACUGCACACACCUACUAAAUCCAAGCCUGUACCCAUUGCUAAGGUAUCUAAGGGAAAGUUGAUUUUGAGGCCAUCUGAUAUCCAUGGAGAUAUCCACACCUGUGAAGCGUACUCAGGCUGCGCCACCUUAGCUGACAAAGAUGAUUACGAGGAGACUGAUGAUGAUGCUAUGCUUGUAUCGCUGAAGUCAAUUGCAAACAUGUCAUCGAAUGAGCUACAUGCACUUAUGGCUAUGAUUGAUGCGAGUAUGCAGACUCCAAAGACAAAAGUCGAUCAGUACAUGGAGAAGAAUGUGAAGAAAGUACAGAGCUCUGACAAGGAAUCAGAGGGCGACAUAUCACCCAUGAAGAUUGAUGGUGCCAAGAAUGGUAAAGAUUAUGAUUCCUCUAACACCAACGAUAAUAACAACAUUGCGGAUGACUCAGAUACUUUGGAGGACGAUGAUGCAGAUGAAGACGACGAGGAUCAGAAUCACGACAAGAAGAUGAGGAAGGGUGAAGUGAAAGGAAAAAAAAUGUUUAAGUAUAUUGAUGAGGAUGAGGAUGAGGAUGGCAAUUUGAAGGUACGUAAGAGUGGAGCAAAAGGUAAAAGGGUGUUGAGGGAAGAGGACAAGGAUAACGAAGAGGAGGCUGAUGAGAAGGUGUGGAAGAAUGAAGAAAAAGGCAAAAGGAUGUCCACGAUGACCAUGAGUGCUGAGGUCAAUACAGUUUCGGAUGACAUUAAGAAGCUGAUGCAAGCAUAUUUUAUUUGA